CCUGUCCCUGGAACACCACUAGAAUAUGUUCAGAUUUAUUCUGAUUGUUGGGAGACAGAACCUACUCGACGUUUAAAAUUAAGCGAUAUUCUUAAUCGGCUAAAAACGACAAAACUUACUCCAGUUUUUGAAGAUUCAGUUAUUCCUGAAUCAGAAGUAACAUCUGAUCUAUAUUUGCCAACCAUUGAAACUCGCAAAAUUCAUGAAAUUGAAAUUUUUAAGCUACUUUAUGAUAAUCAGACAAAUACAAACAAUUAUUGUUUACUCGGAUUUUUUUAUUAUGUUGGAAUUGGAACAGACCAGAAAUAUGAUGAAGCGUUUCAGUUAUUUAUUAAUGCUGCACAGGGUAAUAAUUGGAUUGCUCAGGCUUAUAUUGGCAACUGUUACUUAAAAGGGCAUGGAACUCAAGUUGAUGAAAAAUUAGCCGUAGAAUAUUACGACAAAAUAGAUUUUAGGGUAG